UCUAUGUGUUGUGCUGUGCAUCCAAUAUAUACUUAUAGAAACACUUAUAGUGUAAAUAUUUUGUACAAUAUUUUUGGUUUUAAACUCAUUUUUUCCUCUCAAAUGUCUCAACAAAUUCGUGUCGUAAAGACCUCGCGGGGCGACUGUCCGCAAAUCGUUCGCUCACUACUGGAACAGACAUCGCGAGACAGUACAGACAAAGUCUUCAGUGUUGGUCUGUCGGGCGGUAGUGUUGUUGAUGUACUCAUCGAAGCACUUCCGUCGGCCGACACCGACUGGUCAAAGUGGCGAUUCCUAUUGUGCGACGAACGACUUGUUGCCGAAGAUAAUCCCGACAAUACUUACGGCCAGUACGCACGUCGACUGGCGCCACAACUGGUGAAAGUCGAGCGGCGACAAUGGCUUUCCGUCGACACUGCUCUCGACCCGCAACAGGCGGCCGAUGACUAUGAACGUCGUGUUCGGCAAGAAUUGUGCGGCGCUGACAGUGCCGACCAGUGGCCGAGUGUCGACGUACUGGUUCUCGGAAUGGGCGAAGAUGGACACACCUGUUCACUGUUUCCCAGUCAUCCACUUCUCGAGGAAAAGAAGCGAUGGAUUGCCGCCAUUACCGACUCGCCUAAACCGCCGCCGUCUCGCGUAACGAUGACUCUACCGGCGGUCAACGCGUCUCGAUUGGCAAUCUUCGUCUCGUUGGGCGCAUCAAAGGCUCAAACACUGUACGACAUGUUUGUCGAUCACAAACCACUGCCGGCCUCAUUGGUGGCGCCGCCGUCUGGCCGAGUGGUCUGGUUAGUUGACGACGCCAGUGCCCGUCUGUUACCGCCGUCAGUGCUUUCAACUACCGUCGGUUAAAUCAAUAUUGUGUUUGUAUAAAGUAAUGGUUCGAUGAUUGACUUCGGCAUUAAUUAUAAAAUCUAAAAUAUAUUUUUUUA